UCUUCCCUGCCCGCCCCUGCAGAUCCUGGAGGAGAACAUGAAGCUGGAAUGUAAAUGCCACGGUGUGUCUGGCUCGUGCACCACCAAGACAUGCUGGACCACGCUGCCGCAGUUCCGGGAGCUGGGCUACGUGCUCAAGGACAAGUACAACGAGGCUGUCCACGUGGAGCCUGUGCGCGCCAGCCGCAACAAGCGGCCCACCUUCCUGAAGAUCAAGAAGCCGCUGUCGUACCGCAAGCCCAUGGACACAGACCUGGUGUACAUCGAGAAGUCGCCCAACUACUGCGAGGAGGACCCGGUGACGGGCAGCGUGGGCACGCAGGGCCGCGCCUGCAACAAGACGGCCCCGCAGGCCAGCGGCUGCGACCUCAUGUGCUGUGGCCGCGGCUACAACACCCACCAGUACGCCCGCGUGUGGCAGUGCAACUGCAAGUUCCACUGGUGCUGUUAUGUCAAGUGCAACACCUGCAGCGAGCGCACCGAGGUGUACACGUGCAAGUGAGCCCGGGACUCGGCGGCUGGGCGCCUCCAGCCGCAAGUCAGACUGCAGGGGGGACCGGACAGCUUCCGGCUGCAGUCACCCUGGCAGGUCUUGUCCGGGAUCUCGGCGGGGGAAUGCUGAGCUUGUCUUUUCUGCUGUGGGGACACCUCUCCUGGGUUUUCUGCAGGCGCCCGGUGGAAAGAUCUCCCCAGAGCCCUGGACUGUUCUCUUCCACACCCACUGCUGCUCCGCCCCACCCCACACACUGCCUGGUGGGGCCCUCCUUGGCUGGAGCAGAGCCUUUUGCACCAGGAGCUCUGGGCCCUGGGGCCUCAACAUAGCAAUAUUUAACAAUUUAUUCUGAUAAAAAAUAAUAUUAAUUUAUUAAAUUAAAAAAGAAUCCUCCCACCUCAUCGGGAUCCGUUUUCUGCAAUCAAAGUGGACUGCUUGCUUUCCUUGCGGGAUAAUUUUGUCGCUAGGACAAGGAGUCAAGUAGAACUGUACAUAAUUAUCCUUUAUGCAGAUAUUUCUACUAGUUGAUUUUGCAAGUACCGCCCCCCCCUUGCAGCACUAGAUGUUUAAGAGCAGACGUCCUUUAUACAUAUAUAGAUAUAUAUACACACACGUUUAUAUUUUUUUGCUGUUUGCUGCUACUUAUCCAGAAAUUUAAGCUGGUCCAGAUUUGGAGUCGUCUCCCAGAUUAUGAUUCCCAUCCUUUAGUCCUCCCCAGCUCAAACUUACACCAGUAGAAGAAUCCAGUUUGGAAUACAGAGAGAGAGGAAAGAUAAUAAUAAAACUCCCAGCAGUUUCCAUCUUUUGGAAAGUGAGCCACUGGAUAAGAGAGAAUAUUUUGUAAGAGACUAUUUUUAUAUGAAUAUUUUAUUUAUAUCGAGUCUGCCUGUAUGAUUCCAUGGCCUGUGCUUCUUCUUAAUUCUGGUACUUGCUUUGGGGUAAGGAGGAGCGAGGCCUGGUUCCCAUGGGGACCCUCACAUAGCUGGGUUCUCGAGUUCUGUUGGCCAAGCAGGCAGAAGUGGCCCCUGGAUGCCUGGGUUGGGGUGUCAUUGGUAUUACCUGGGAAAGGAAUCAGAUCCCCAGCCUACGCCUUUUGAGCAAGGUCACUGUGAUGAGCCAUAUGGCGGGCAGGCCCGUGCCCUUGGCAUUGGGUGACCAUUAGAGGGCUUGAUGGUUCGCCACAUGGCAAAACCAGCUCAGGGAGCCCGCUGCUCACCAGGAUGCCCCUCCCAUUGCCGUGGGUCCUGACAGGUGAGGCACAGUCCUCAGUUACGGAGCAGAAAAACUGGGGUGAGGGAUCCCAUGAGUAGCAGGGCUCAACAGGGCUUCCUGGAUGUCGUGGUCCUAGAGCAGACCGGCAGAGAGUUGUGGAUGAGUCCUCUUUGCUCUGGGUCCACCUAUAUCCAGUGCCUGCCGACCUGCAAAGCUCUCCUCCAAGAGGCUGUGGGUGUUCUAAUAUGUGUCCGUUUGCAUUUCUGUGUGCAUGUGUGUGUGUUUGUGUGUGUGUGCGUGACCUUUGGGAGUCUUGGGGGUAGUCACGUGACUUUGCACCUUCGAGCACCUCUGCGGUGCUGAUGUGCCUACAUUGUGUGUUCUCCUGCAUAUACCCAGCUGUGUGUGUGUCUCUCUCCAUGUGCCUGAGAGAUUCAGGGGGGUGUGUGCCUGUGCAUCUGCUGGUCCCCAGGUGUCUCUGCUUGCGGGUGAGGUGUGGUGUGAGGCAGACUACAGGGACCUUUGGCGAUUGUGAUGAGCCACCAAGAGAUGGCACCUCUGAACUCUGUGCCCACAGACACUGGUGAAACUCAGAUACCUCUGAGACCACAGCCUGAUGGCCCCACGCACUGGGAGCCCCUCAGUGUCUAGGCUGUGUUGGACUCCCCAAUGUCAGCACUGGGCCUGGAUCACAGCAUGGACAAAUAAAAUGGCUGGAUGGUUGGUUGAUUUCUUC